AGCCCUUUACAAAUCGUAAUUGGAAGAAUAAGAAAAAAAAAGUUUAUAUUAUCUUUAAAAUACAUUUUCUGUCACUCCUUUUAACGUGACACUUGGUUUAUUUCAAACUCAGAGCUGUCGCAUCUCAAAUUAACAAAAUAAAAACACUAAAAAAAACACUAAUUUUCCAUUAAAAAAUAGAUUAAAUUUUGAAAUCAUAUAUUCCGCAUUUUAUUUAACGUUCUUUGAAAUAAUUAAAGGAAAAAUACGAAAGAAAAAACGGACAGUCCCAGUAAUGAGAUGGGAAGAAGACUAAAGAAGAACACGUGGUCAGUAAGAGAAGUGAACUGUUGGUUAAUUUUGUUUAUUUUCCCAUACACUCAACAACUAAAGGGAUUUUAGCAAUGCUCUUCCACGUGAGUCAUCUCCCGACCUCCCCGGCAUCACCAUCUCCUCCUUCUUGACCUGCUCUCCAUCACCACCACCACCACCACCAACAACAACAACAACAACAACAACAACAAAGCAUGAGCGGGUCUGGCAAGGGACUUUUGGGGCUGUGGCUGUACAGGACUGGCGAGGAGUGGCUUCUGAAGGAUCCGCUGAAGGUUCCCAAGGACGGCAGAGGGGAGCGGUCAUCACCAGAGCGCGCGCGGGACAGUGGUGGUGAGGGGAGUGGGGAUAAAGGGGCCGAGGUGUACUGUCCCUCUCAUAACUCGGUGGUGUUGAACCUCAAGAACCAGGUGGGCGGCCUGGCCAAGGCGCUCAAGGUGUUCCAGGACAACAAUGUGAACGUGGUGCACAUCGAGAGCCGCAAGUCACGCAGGAGAGACUCAGAAUUCGAGAUCAUGGUGGACAUUGAAUGCGACAACUCCAGGAUGGACAACUUGACGCGCCUCCUGCAGCGCCAGAUGUCGUGCCUCAGCCUCCACGACUAUGACCAGGGCGAGGCCUUCCCAGAGGAGGAGCCGGGAGCCAUCAGCGCGCAGGAGAGCUUCGACUUCUCAGAUCUCUGCCCUUGGUUCCCGCGCAAAAUUAGUGACCUUGAUGAUUUCCAAAAGGUCCUCAUGUACGGCUCUGACCUCGACGCUGACCACCCUGGCUUCAAAGAUCCAGUCUACAGGAAAAGAAGACAAGUUUUCUACGACCUGGCAAUGAAGUACAAAUAUGGACAGGAGAUCCCACGUGUGGAGUAUACCAAGGAGGAGAUCUCAACAUGGGGCACAAUCUUCCGAGAGCUGUUCAGGAUGUACCCCAAAUACGCAUGUCGGGAGUACAACAGCAACUGGCCUGACCUUGUGAAGUACUGCGGAUACAGAGAGGACAACAUUCCACAGCUGGCCGAUAUUGACAAGUACCUGAGACGCACCACGGGGUUCAUGCUUCGCCCCGUCGCUGGCUACCUCUCCCCGCGCGACUUCCUUGCUGGUCUUGCCUUCCGAGUCUUCCACUGCACUCAAUACAUCCGCCACUCGUCAGACCCCUUCUACACCCCUGAGCCGGACUGCUGCCAUGAGCUGCUGGGACACAUGCCCAUGCUGGCCUGCCCCUCCUUCGCCCAGUUUUCCCAAGAGAUCGGCCUCGCUUCCCUGGGCACCAACGACGAGGAUCUUAUGAAGAUUGCCACGCUGUACUUCUUCACCGUGGAGUUUGGGAUGUGCAAAGAGAAGGGCAACCUGAAGGUGUACGGGGCGGGGCUGCUGUCGAGCAUUGGGGAGUUGAGCCACGCCGUGUCGCCCGCAGCCAAGACGGAGCCCUUUGACCCUGACACGGUGUCCAAGGUGCCCUGCCUCGUGACCACCUUCCAGGAGCAGUACUUCUACACAGACACCUUCGAGGAGGCCAAGGAGAAACUCAGGUCCUACGUGUCCAAGAUCCAGCGGCCCUUCGGUGUGCGCUACAACCCGUACACUCAUAGCGUGGAGAUCCUCAGCAACGUGGAGAAGAUCGCGGCCCUCGUGUCAGAACUGCGCGGCGACCUCUGCAUCGUCAGGAACGCUCUGGAGAAGAUACACGACACAGAUGAUAACGUGGACAUUGAGAACAUAACCAGCAUCCUCACUUCAGCACUUAAGACCAACGACUCCAAGGUGUGAGGUAACCCUUUCUUCUCUCUCCACUCUGCUCUCUGCUUCUUACUCUCUUCUCCUCUCACCUGGACACACAAAUCGUCGAGAAUCACUAAUUAACCUACCAAUUAACACCUGUACUGGAAAAUAUAGCACUUAAUUAAUAGCAAUGUUAGUCAAUAGUCACACUAACACCUGCAGUUGAUUGUAGUAAGUCUUAACACACCUGUAAUCACACACCUGUUUAUUAGUACCUGCCUUAAUGAAGUGUAGCGGCAGGUUUGCUUGUUUUGUAUAUAUUUUGUGACUUGUAAUGCGUAUGUGUAGCUGUGUUGGUAGUGAUUAUGUUGUUUGUGUGAGUGUAGUGAUGAUGAUGGUGUUGAGGAGGAGGAGGAGAAGGUGGAGGUGGAGGAGGAAAAUAUAUAUGAUGAUUAGUAGUGUGUGUGUGUGUG